GCGUGUUAAGCUGUGAAAGUUCAAAAAUUGUUGUAAUAUUUGUGUUGAAUAAAAUAAACAAUCAAUUUAUCUAUAUGUGAAACGGAAGAUGUAAGCGCGAUUUAGUGUUGACACGCGAAUAAAACGAAACCGUAGCGUAUCGUGUAGUUGGCAGUGCAAAAAGAUCUACAGAUCGUAGGCCUUACACAAUGUCGGCACGCAGCAGCGUUGUGACUGCGUCCUCGUCAACGGCCGAUGUGCCACGCCCGCCGCCACGUCGACGCGCCGCCUCUGUGGCGGGACAACAGCAGGUGCAGCAGCAGCGCCUGGAUUACAACAACGGACACGCGCCACGCAGAUCGUUGGCAGCUGUGAACGACACUGGCGACUCGUGUCACCUGCGCAUAGUUGUGCUCAGCGGCAAGUCCUUGGCCAAGAAGGACAUUUUUGGCGCCAGUGAUCCGUAUGUCAGAAUCGAUUUGAAUACAAUCAACGGUGAUAUUAAUAUUGACUCGGUUUUAACUAAAACCAAAAAGAAGACACUAAAUCCAUCCUGGAAUGAGGAGUUCAUAUUCAGGGUCAAACCGUCUGAGCACAAGCUGGUGUUUCAAGUAUUCGACGAGAAUCGCUUGACACGCGACGAUUUCCUGGGCAUGGUCGAGCUGACGCUGGUGAAUCUGCCCACGGAGCAGGAGGGCCGCACGAUUGGUUCACAAAGUUAUACGCUGCGUCCGCGCAGGUCAGUAGGCGCCAAAUCACGCAUCAAGGGCACCCUGGAGAUAUAUCAUGCCUUCAUACGCGAGACACGCGAACCGAGCGAACCCUCGAGCAACAACAGCGACGCCGAAUGGGAGCAUGUCGAGGCUACAAAUGCCGGCGAGCAAUCAGCACAGCCGCAUCCAUUUCCUAGCGGCGGCACGGAUGCAUUGCCCGCCGGCUGGGAGGAGCGACAGGACGCAAAUGGACGCACAUACUAUGUGAAUCAUGCGGCGCGCACGACGCAAUGGGAGAGGCCAACCAUCUUGACUAGCAACAAUAGCCAAAACGUUGAUCAACUGGCCUCCGAUUUCCAAAGACGUUUUCACAUAAGUGUGGAUGAUACGGAGUCGGGACGUGGGCCGCGAGCCAAUGCAAGGGCUGAGAAUAGCGCUGACAGCGAUCAGAAGAAGGAGGAAGAUGAGGAUGAGGAGGAGUUUUUGGCUGACACGGCAAAUAACCAGAGUAGUUGUCUGCACUGCGGCGAGCUGCACGAUGAGCAGCCGGAAGAGGCUGAGCAGGAGGAAGAUGAUGAAUCAGCCGCAGCCAGCGAAACAGAUCGUCAGCUAACACUGUCCGACAAUGCGCAAACUUGUGAUAUACUCGACCACAAUCUGUACCUGAGGCGAUUGUUUAGUGAAGACACCGAUCACACAGACAGCCACAAUCCCUCAGAGAUCUCAGCUCCGUCCACACGACGCAAUUCCGAGGAAGACAACGCGGCUGUGCCCACGGAUCAAACCGCAGCCAGUGAGGAGGAAGCGCUGCCACCGCGCUGGUCCAUGCAGGUGGCACCCAAUGGACGUACCUUCUUCAUAGAUCAUGAAGCACGCCGCACCACCUGGAUUGAUCCGCGCAAUGGACGCGCCAGUCCGAUGCCAAAUCAAACACGACGCGUCGAGGACGAUCUGGGCCCCUUGCCCGAGGGCUGGGAGGAGCGCGUGCAUACGGAUGGUCGCGUCUUCUACAUAGAUCACAAUACGCGCACUACGCAGUGGGAGGAUCCGCGCUUGUCAAAUCCAAAUAUCGCCGGCCAAGCGGUGCCCUAUUCGCGAGAUUACAAACAGAAAUACGAGUAUUUCAAGAGUCAUAUUAGAAAGCCUACAAAUGUACCAAAUAAAUUUGAAAUACGCAUUCGCCGUACGUCGAUAUUGGAGGACUCGUAUAGAAUUAUUAGUUCGGUGACGAAAACCGAUUUACUAAAGACUAAAUUAUGGGUAGAAUUUGAAGGAGAGACGGGCCUAGAUUAUGGUGGCCUUGCCAGAGAAUGGUUCUAUUUACUAUCCAAAGAAAUGUUUAAUCCAUAUUACGGACUGUUCGAGUACUCCGCCAUGGAUAACUACACAUUGCAAAUCAAUAACGGCAGCGGUCUGUGCAACGAGGAGCAUUUAAGUUAUUUCAAGUUUAUUGGUCGCAUAGCUGGCAUGGCUGUCUAUCAUGGCAAAUUGUUGGAUGCCUUCUUCAUACGUCCCUUCUACAAGAUGAUGCUGCAGAAGCCAAUCGAUUUGAAGGACAUGGAAUCUGUGGAUACUGAGUACUAUAAUUCCUUGAUGUGGAUCAAGGAGAACGACCCGCGCAUUCUGGAGCUGACAUUCUGUCUGGAUGAGGAUGUGUUUGGUCAAAAGAGUCAGCAUGAACUCAAGCCGGGCGGUGCCAAUAUUGACGUGACCAACGAAAACAAAGAUGAAUACAUUAAACUUGUCAUCGAGUGGCGCUUUGUGGCGCGCGUCAAGGAUCAAAUGACUGCGUUCUUGGAUGGCUUUGGCUCCAUCAUACCGCUGAAUCUAAUCAAAAUCUUUGACGAACACGAACUUGAGCUGCUGAUGUGCGGCAUACAGAAUAUUGAUGUAAAGGAUUGGCGCGAAAAUACGCUAUAUAAGGGCGACUACCACAUGAAUCACAUUAUUAUCCAAUGGUUCUGGCGCGCCGUUUUGUCCUUUUCCAACGAGAUGCGCUCCCGUCUGCUGCAGUUCGUGACGGGAACAUCACGUGUGCCCAUGAAUGGUUUCAAGGAGCUAUACGGAUCGAAUGGUCCGCAAAUGUUUACCAUUGAAAAGUGGGGCACACCCAACAAUUUUCCCCGUGCACAUACCUGCUUUAAUCGAUUGGACCUGCCACCCUAUGAGGGUUAUCUGCAGCUGAAGGAUAAGCUUAUCAAGGCCAUUGAGGGCAGCCAAGGAUUUGCCGGUGUUGAUUAAUAACACCGGUCCUGUGUGCGACGGCGUUGGCAAUGUGGUUGAUAGUGCCGAGCUGUGGCAAACAGUCCAGCAGUUAUACGAGGAGGAGCAACAUCGGCGACAAACUACAUCACAGCAAGGACAACAGCAGCCGCAACAGCAACCGCAACAGCAACAACUGCAGCAACCGCAACAGGGCAACCGCAUUGCAAUUACUAGGAACACCACCGCCACUCACUCGUGUACUUAUUUGUUCGUUUGCUUUUGUAUUAUAAUCAUUUUUGCUAGUUUAGUGCUGUUUCGUAUGUAUUUUUAGCUAGGCGAAAGCACACACAGCACAUACACACACACACACAUUCGCUCCAGUGGCAGACCCAAGGUCCACAUAAUUGGAGCAGACUAUACAAGCCCGUAAUAACAAAUUGAAGGGUCUAAAAUGAGUGUAUUGUGUUUCGCAUUUUGUCGAAAAAAAAAUUGUAUAAAGUAGAGAGAACCUAUAUGAAACUACAACAAAUUAAAUAUGCAUUGCCUGGACACAGACAGACAGACAGACACAGGUCGAGAGAAUCAACUAAGUAUACAACAAAAUGGAAAAUAUAUAUCUUAUAUAAAGUUUUUUUAUAAUUGUUAUUUUUAUGCAAUAUUCGUCUAUAACAAAUGUGUGACAGAAAAGUUUUGCCUAACUCACAUCUGAUAAAGACCAUUUAAAUGUAACUUUUUUAAUUCUGUAUAACUAUUUAAAAAAUGUAUGUGUAUUUAAAAAUGAUGUUGACUGUGCAUAAGUCUCUCCAAUUUUAAAUGAUAAAGUUAAAAAAAAUAACUGCAAAAUAAUGCCACUAAAUCGCAAAUCAAAUUUAUGUAUAUUGUUAAAUUUAAAUUAUAUAAUGCAUUCCAAAUGUUUAUUA